AUGUUUCAGAAUAAGUAUAAUGAUAGUGAAAAGAAUAAUAAAUAUAAAGCAUAUAAUUAUUGUAGAAAUUACGUAAAUGAUAUAAAAAAUAAAUAUAUGGGAUUUUCUAAUAUAUAUAAAAAUAGUCCAAAUAAAUAUUAUUAUGAUUCCAAAAAAAAUAAUAAUUACAGGUAUAAUAACAAUUAUAAUUUCAAAUUAAGAAAUAAGAGACAUAGGAGUUAUAGGAGUAUAAGUAAUUCAAAACAUAGGAGUAAAUUCACAAAAUAUAAAAAUUAUGAUAUUAAAUCAAGCAUAAGAGAAUACGAUAGAGGAAGGCAUAGUUUUUCUUCUAUAAAAACAGUAUAUAAUAGAGACCAGCGAAAUCAUAAGUUUUAUUUAGAUUCUAGAUAUAAUGAAGAUCAUAAAAAUAGGUAUGUAAAAAAUUAUAACUUGUCAAAAAAAAGAAACUAUUAUUCUUAUAAAAAAAGAAUAUAUAGUGACAAAAGAAAUUUUGAUACUCAUUAUGGGCAAGGAAAUAUUUUUUAUAAUAAUGAAUAUUAUUUAAUUAAUGAUGGUUCAAGUUUAAAGAAAAAAAAAAUGUAUUAUGCAAAAUGUAGUAUUAAAAGUAAGUCAAGAAGUUAUAAUAGCUUUUUAGAAAGGAAAAAUAAAAAAAGAUUAAGUAGUAGAAAUAAUAAAUAUACAAAGAAUGAUGUGAUAGUAAAAAUGGAGGAGAACAAUUUCAAUAAUGAAACUAAUAAUUUACAUAAGUUAAAAAGUUAUGAUACAAAAGGAAGCUCAAAGAAGGAGAAAAUGGUUAAUGAAAAGGAGAAUUGUAUUAAUUUGUAUAAAGAUAAAAUUAAAAAAAAUUCAGAAAGUACUUAUAAUAAUUACAUGAAGAGAACUAGAAAAAGAGGGAAAAACAGCAGUAGUUCUUUACAAAACGGUAGUUAUAUCCAAAAAAAAAAAGUACAUGUAGAUAAAUUAAAUGAAACAUAUAAAAAAACUAUUUCAAAGAAAUCAAAUGACACGUAUUCCCGAAAAAAAAAUAUCCAUAAAAGAAACAGAACGAAAAAUUCAGAAACUGAAGAGAAGAAAGAAAAGAAAAAAAAAAAAAAGAAAAAAGAAAAUGACUCUGAUGAUGAAAUUGUUCAUUUUAAUUGGAAAAAAGGAAUGAUUUUAAAUGAUUGUUAUAUAGUUAUACGAAAAAUGGGGGAUGGAACAUUUGGUAGAGUUCUGCUAUGCCAACACAAAGAUACCAAAAAAUAUUAUGCAAUAAAAGUGGUUAGAAAUAUUAAAAAAUAUACUAAAUCAGCAAAAAUUGAAGCAGAUAUUUUGAAAAAAAUACAAAAUGAUGAUAUAAAAAAUAGUAAUAUUGUUAAGUUUUAUGGUAGAUUUAUGUAUCAUGAUCAUAUGUGUCUAAUAUUUGAACCAUUAGGCCCAUCUUUAUAUGAAAUAAUAACCAAAAACAAUUACAACGGAUUUCAUAUUCAAGAUAUUAAACUUUAUUGUAUAGAAAUUUUAAAAGCUUUAAAUUAUCUCAGAAAGAUAACUCUAACACAUACUGAUUUAAAACCUGAAAAUAUUUUGUUGGAUGAUCCUUAUUUUGAAAAAACUUUAAUAGUUGUUAGAAGAGUAACUGAUGGAAAGAAAGUUCAAAUAUAUAAAACAAAAUCGACAGGUAUCAAAUUGAUUGAUUUUGGUUGUGCAACUUUUAAAAAUGAUUAUCAUGGUUCAAUAAUUAAUACAAGACAAUAUAGAGCACCUGAAGUUAUCUUAAAUUUAGGAUGGGAUGUAUCCAGUGAUAUGUGGAGUUUUGGUUGUGUUUUGGCUGAACUUUAUACAGGGUCCUUGUUGUUUAGAACGCAUGAGCAUUUGGAACAUUUAGCUAUGAUGGAAAAUAUAAUUCAGCCUAUACCAAAAAGAAUGUUAUAUGAAGCUAUUAAAACAAAUGGAUCAAAAUAUGUAAAUAAAGAACAAUUAAAAUUGGCUUGGCCAGAAAAUGCUUCUAGUGCAAAUUCUAUUAAGCAUGUUAAAAAAUGCUUGCCGUUAUAUAAAAUUAUUAAGCAUGAGUUAUUUUGUGAUUUCUUAUAUAAUAUAUUACAAAUUGAUCCUAGUCUUAGGCCUACCCCAGAGGAAUUAUUGAAACACAAAUUUCUUCAAGAAGAUUAUGAAUAUUUGAUUUGA